AUGAUUAUGUUUAUAACUCUAGCCUGCCUAUAUGAUCUGCUCGAAACCGACAACGAAGUGUUCAAAACUUAUGCAGCCUUAUGCGUGUCCCACAUAGCUCAAGACCGAUUUGAUGGCAGCCAAGUUAAUCUUGUGCUUAAUGUUCAUGGUUUAAUGGAAAAAAUGAUUGAUCUACUGGAUGAUGAGGUAACUUCGAUAUCAGCUUCAACGACAAUACGACAUGUCAUUGCUGGUACGGAUAAACAGGCUCAACGAGCGCUGGAUUUAGAUAUACUUCCAAGACUGGUUCAUUUUUUUGACAGUACACUGCUAACGUCAAGGAAGAGACGAGUGAUAGGCUGGAUUUUGAGUAACGUUGCAGCUGGAACUCCAUCUAAAAUCGAACUGUUAUUCGGUACUGAGGGCAUUUCAGAAAUUUUAUUUAAAAUCGCAAAUUCCGAUGAGUGUAUAGUCCGUUGCGUACGUUACACUUUCUUUAAUAUAUUAUUUUAA